AUGACUUCUGAAGAAACCCCCUCAACCGUUGGUGAUGACGACGAGCAAGAUUCGAGUCUCAGCACUAUCGGUGAAACUGAAUUGAAAGUGUUGAUGGAGAUGUCACAAUACUUGGCCACCGGACUGGACGAGGAAACAAUGGGUCUGUGUGUGAGACUGAUGAGAGCUGGGUGUGAUGGCGAGACGCUGGCGCAGAUUGUCAAGGAUUCUCAGGACGACAAGUAA